AUAUAGAAAUGAAAUAUUUAGAAGAUAUAAGUAAAUAAAACUGGUGGACGGGAGAUGGAAAGUAAUAAAUCACCAGAUUCUUGCGGAUAUUCUAAUUUUUUUUGUCAUUCCCCGAUUAUUCCUCUUACUAAUUAUGGAGUUGACGUUAACUGCCCAGAAAUGGGAACAACAACAUUGGAUGUACCCUUGUUCCCACAAUAUUCAAACCCUUUCGAGUUGUUUACCAACCAGCGAACUGAAAUAUCACACUGGCUUUGUGAUUACUCGGAUGACAUAUUCCAAACAUUACGUGAGACAGAGUUGCGACGAAUUGUUUUGGGAUUUCAAUCCAAACAAUGCACUUUUAGAGAAGCAAUGUUGCGGUUGUUAAAGGUGGCUGCGGAACUGCAUUCACUUUCUCGUACAACUUUACAUUUAGCACUUUACUUGCUCGAUGGUUUUAUGGAUAAUUUUACUAUUCGAAGCGAAAAACUAAAUCUAACAGCAUUAACGUGUUUAAUUAUUGCGGCGAAAAUUGAGGAAGCUGAUAUUAAUGCACCGAAAUUUGUUGAUAUGAAUAAGCUUGUUGGAGAUGUUUAUACUGUGGAGGAGUUUCGCCAAGCUGAAAUGAAAGUUUUAAUGUUAUUCCACUUUGAUUUAAUCCGCCCCACUGUUGCUACAUUCGCAGAAUACUUUGCCAAUCACAUAAUCACACUCGACGAUUACCAUCUGUACUUACAAAAUUGGCAUGGCGGUUUAUUUAAAUAUCAUUCUAUACUAAACUCGCAAAUGGAAAUAUUGAAUUAUACAACAACUGAUAUAGUUCCACCAUUUUACCGGACUUAUAAAGAAAUGGCUACGGCAUUAAGCAAGUUAAUGUUUACUCUUGUAGACGAAUCUUUAAGUUGUAUCAAGUUUGUGAAUGCUCGUCCUUCGAUAGUAGCCGCAUCCUGCAUUGCUGCCGUGCGGCAUCUUUCAUUUAUACGGCCUACCUGGACACCCUACCUCGUACAAAUAACCGAAUGUCCGGUAGAAGAAAUUACACCGUGUAUGACUGCUAUAAUUGCAAUAUAUAAUUUACAUAUAAGUAAAGUGCAAGCAAUGUGUUAUGCUGCGGCUAAACUAUCAAACAAUGGAGGAGCUAUUUGCGAUAGUCCAGAGUCUGGUUUUGUAUCUAUAUGCGAUACGAAAUCUGAAUCAUCGGACAAUGAAAGUAAUAUUGAUGUUGUUGAAAUUGAUAAUUGUUCACUAUUGCUAGGUAAGAGGAGUCAUUCAACUACAAACCUUAACGAGAAUAUCGUGGAAGAGCAAAAUUUGUGCACAAACGAUGAAUAUUCUAGUUUAGCUAAACGCAGAAAAAAAGUGUGAAACGGAGGAGUGCUUAAAUAUUGUAUACCAUUUAUCUGCAGUAGUAUUCCUUACUAAGAUGUCAGUUUAAUUUCGGUUACUUUCGAAAUAUUCCCCCAUAAAUUGAAUAUUCUUGUUUUUGUUUGUUUAAUAUUUUUGGGCAUUACUGCAAUGGGCAGUAUAGACCUAUAGUUUGUAAUCCAAGUAAUUUUCAAUAAAUUAAACAAGAGUGAAAAAUAAUA